AUGCGCCAUAGUCCCGCCGUGACGGGCCACACGCGCUCCCCGCCUGGCGACGGCCCAUGCCGCCGGCGUUUUACAGUCCCGCUUACCUCCAAACACAACACAACCCGCGCUCUCUUCCUUGGUGGUGCAGUGCUGCUUCGGCUGCAGGAGGGAUCAGGUAUACAGCAGAGCAGGUGCAACACAGUGGAAUGCAGGCCAAUAAACAGCUACAAAAAGCUUCAAGCGGCUGGCAUCCCAGUGAAGGAAAGGGUGAAGGUCUCUCAGAACUGGAGGCACGGCCGCUGCCGGCAGGAAACGCUCCUGAAAUGGAAACGCAACCUGAUGCCCUGGAUGCAUUUAGAUGGCGAGUAUCUCUACCUGUCCCAAGCAGAAGACAUUCGGGCCUACCGGCUUCGUCCAGACAGCGCUGGUCUGCAACGCCGUCCUCAGGCCAUCUUCUCUGGCCACCAGGAGGAUGUGUGUCGCUUUGUGCUCGCCGGUUCUCACCUCGUCAGCGGAGGAGGGGACGGAAAUAUCAUCCUCUCUAAAGUCCAUGGCUCCUUCAGCAUCAAGUUCUCUGCACAUGAACAGGAGGUGAACUGUGUGGACUGUCAAGGGGGCAUCAUCGUGAGUGGCUCCCGGGACAGAACGGCAAAGGUUUGGUCCCUAGCCUCAGGCAGAGCUGGGCACUGUUUACACACGGUGCAGACCGAGGACCGGGUCUGGUCCAUCGCCAUCAGUCCGUUAUUAAGUUCCUUCGUGACUGGGACAGCUUGCUGUGGGCACACAUCCCCUCUGAGAAUCUGGGACUUGCAGAGCUCCAACAGGAAGUGUGUCCUGCAGUGGGAGGAGCCCCACGACAGCGCCCUGUACUGCCUGAGGAGCGACGGGAACCACAUGAUUGCAAGUGGCUCUGCCUACUACGGCGUGGUGCGGCUCUGGGACAAGCGGCAGAGCGGGUGCUUGCAGGUGAGGGAUGCUGGAAGCAGCCCGGUGUACUGCCUCCGCUUCAGCACCACCCACCUUUACGCUGCCCUGGCGUCCGCCCUGCACGCCCUGGACUUCACUACCCCCUGAUUGCCCAGCCGCCUCUGCCGCCCCGGCCUGGCAGGUCCGCUCAGCUCAGGGAUCGCAGGGCGGGACAGAGGCAAAGGGCCCUGCAGACUUCUCGAGAGACUCCCUACCAGCCAGAGAGCAUCUUCGGAGCACUGGAAGAGCCCGACUGUCUCCGACUCACCUGCCUUUUAUUUCAAUAAAGGCAAAUGCUCCGUU